AUGCACUAUUUUGGGGUGAUGGCUGCAUUGUCUGUUUUCAACAUCAUCACUUGUUUGGCAAGAGGCAAGCCCUUGGAAGCCUGGGGCAAAUUAUCAGCUAUGGAGAACUCUGAUAAAUCCUUUGGUGAUCCCGGAGAGGUGGAGGGUGAGACCCAUUUCAACUUUAAAACCUUCCUGGAAAACAUGAAAGCGGAUUUCCUGAGGAGUUUGAACUUAUCGGGUGUCCCUUCGCAAGAGAGGUCUAGAGAGGAGCCACCACAAUUCAUGAUUGACCUGUACAACAGAUAUGCCAAGGACAAGUCUUCCAUCCCUGCAUCCAAUAUUGUGCGGAGCUUCAGUACUGAAGAUGUUGUUUCUCUGGUUUCCCCGGAAGAAAACCCAUUCCAGAAACACAUCUUGCUCUUCAACGUCUCUAUCCCACGGCACGAAGACGUCACCAGGGCUGAGCUGAGAAUCCACAUAUCCUGUAAUAGGGACAUUGGGCCUCUCUCUAGACUGGAAGGCAACAUGGUAAUUUAUGAUGUUCUGGAUGGAGACCUCUGGGAAAAUCCAGAAGGCACCAACUCAUUCCUUGCCUCCCAAGAUAUCCAGGAAUGUGGAUGGGAAAUGUUUGAGGUGUCCAGUGCUGUGAAAAGAUGGGUCAGGGCAGACAAAUCAAAGACUAAAAACAAGCUUGAGGUUGUUGUUGAGAGGAAAACCCUGGGUGACUUCGCUUGUGGGAAGCUGGACAUCAGUGUUAUGCCCGACACUAAAAAUCUGCCCUUGUUAAUAGUGUUCUCCAAUGACCGAAGCAAUGGGACCAAGGAGACCAGAGUGGAGCUCCGGGAGAUGAUUGUUCAUGAGCAGGAGAGCGUGCUAAAGAAGUUAGCAAAGAACAGCACUUUGCCCGAAGAGGAAGAGGAGGCAGAGGAGAAAUCCUUAUCCGUCACUGGACUCCACCAGCCUUCAUCAAGAAGCAAGAGAAGCACUGGUACGAACCACUGCCGGAGAACCUCCCUCCGUGUGAACUUCAAAGACAUCGGCUGGGAUUCCUGGAUCAUUGCGCCCAAAGAUUACGAUGCAUUUGAAUGCAAAGGGGGAUGCUUUUUUCCUCUGACGGACAACGUGACUCCGACGAAACAUGCUAUCGUCCAAACUUUAGUGCACCUCAAAAACCCCAAGAAAGCUGCCAAGGCCUGUUGUGUUCCUACCAAACUGGAUUCGAUUUCCAUCCUCUACACUGAUGAUGCUGGGGUACCCACUUUGAAAUAUAAUUACGAGGGGAUGAAAGUAGCAGAAUGUGGGUGCAGGUAG